AUGUCUCUGCAAUUGGAAGAUCUUCCAUCAGUUGGGGGUUUGGGAACCUCCAUCAAAGUUCUGUUUGUCAAUCCCAAUGCCACAGUCUCGAUGACCGCGUCCUGUCUGAAAAUAAUCUCCAGCAGUCUUCCGCCGGACACCACAGUCUAUGGGUAUACGGGGCCAGCUGGUAAGACUUCAGUGACAAUCGAAAGUCACUUAGAUUCCGUCCUGUCUGCAGCAGAGAGUCUUAGAGAUGCAUACCCUCUCUUUUCUCAGGUCGAUGCCGCUGUUGUUGGCUGUUUCUCCGACCAUCCGCUGGUAAACUGUAUUCGAGAAGAGUUUGACAUCCCGUGCUGUGGAAUAAUGGAGGCAGCUUUUUACACUGCUCGAAUGCUUGGUGGAAAGUUUGGAGUUCUAUGUACUGGGUACCGGUCACAGAUCCGUCACCAGUACGCAGUGCAAGGCUACGGUCUGGAAAAUUUUUGUGCAGGUCUUUUGUCGACAAAGCUCACGGUCAAGGAGCUGGAGACGAAACCAAGAAAGGAGGUUCUUUCAUUAAUGGCCAAUUGUGCAAAGCAGUUGGUUGAACAGCAAGAUGCAGACUGUAUUGUUCUCGGCUGUGCGGGGAUGGCAGAUAUGGCUUCUGCCGUGGAAGAUGCACUGGAGGGACGCAGUGUGCAAGUUAUUGAUGGAGUGUGCUGUGCCGUUAAUAUUUUAUCUGGGUUUGUGCGUAUGGGGCUGAAAACAUCCAAGAGAGGAUUGUUCACAUGGGCCAAGCCGGGAAGAGAAUUAAGGGGACAGUCUUAUUUGUAA